AUGAGGGAAAAUAGGAACAUGUCCGAGUCUCCUUCUCAAGCGGGAAAAGAAACACCGGCGAAAAAACAGAAGCUGAGCAGCGACGAGAACAGUAACCCGGACGUGUCCGGAGACGAGAACGAUGACGCUGCCAGCGUGGAGAGUGGCACCACCGCAGAGCGCCCGGGCACGCCCACCAACACCGCCAACGCCCCGGGCAGGAAGAGCUGGAGGAAGGGCAAGUGGAAGUCCAAGAACUGCAGAUACUCCUUCAAAUGUGUCAACAGCCUGAGGGAGGACCACGGCCAGCCGCUGUUUGGAGUCCAGUUCAACUGGCACAGCAAGGAGGGAGACCCCCUGGUGUUCGCCACCGUGGGGAGCAACCGGGUAACUUUGUAUGAGUGUCACUCUCAGGGAGAAGUCCGACUCCUGCAGUCGUAUGUGGACGCUGACGCGGAGGAGAACUUCUACACGUGUGCCUGGACCUAUGACACCAGCACCAGUCACCCCCUGCUGGCUGUGGCCGGCUCCCGUGGUAUCAUCCGGGUCAUCAACCACAUCACUAUGCAGUGCAUCAAGCAUUAUGUAGGUCACGGAAACGCCAUCAACGAGCUCAAGUUUCACCCGAGGGAUCCAAAUCUCCUCCUGUCGGUCAGCAAAGACCACGCCCUUCGUCUGUGGAACAUACAGACCGACACCUUAGUGGCAAUAUUCGGCGGCGUGGAAGGUCAUCGAGACGAAGUCCUGAGCGCCGAUUUUGAUCUCCUCGGUGAGAAGAUCAUGUCGUGUGGGAUGGACCACUCCCUCAAACUGUGGAGGAUCAAUUCAGAGAGGAUGCAGAAAGCCAUUAGAGGAUCUUAUGAGUACAACCCGUCGAAGACCAACAGGCCGUUUGUUUCUCAGAAAAUCCACUUCCCCGACUUCUCAACACGAGACAUCCACAGGAACUACGUGGACUGUGUGCGGUGGCUGGGCGACCUUAUUCUUUCAAAGUCCUGUGAAAACGCCAUCGUGUGCUGGAAACCAGGGAAGAUGGAGGACGACAUCGAUCACAUCAAACCCAACGAGUCCAACGUGACGGUUCUGGGACGCUUCGAUUACAGCCAGUGUGACAUCUGGUACAUGCGCUUCUCCAUGGACUUCUGGCAGAAGAUGCUGGCUUUGGGGAACCAGGUGGGGAAACUGUACGUGUGGGACCUUGAAGUGGAAGAUCCACACAAAGCAAAGUGCAUCACGCUGACUCUCCCCAAAUGCAUGUCGGCCAUCCGGCAAACCAGCUUCAGCCGCGACAGCAGCAUUUUGAUCGCGGUGUGCGACGAUGCUUCGAUCUGGCGCUGGGAUCGACAGCGCUGAGACUCGCCCAUCAGAAAGAGAGAAAGAGAGAAAUCAUGGUCCUGUUGCUUUUAACUUCCCCCGACAUGUUGUACAGGUCGACGCCGGAAAAACAGGAAAUGAACGUUUGGUCUCGGGUGUUUUCUGCGUUUUUUCUUCUUCUUCCUGUUAUAAAAAAAAGAACCUGCUUUUCCCGAAAAGAGAUCGGUCACGUUUCCAGAUUUCUACGAAGUUUUCAGGACCAGGUCUGACGUGAGAACGAGGAACAAAACACCAGAGACGUGUGAAGUCUGUUCCCUGCCAUGAAUACAUGUUAUGAUUUCAUAUAUUGACUUUAUAGGAACAGUGAUUAUAACAGCAGAGCUUCCCCUCCUCUGUGUGCCUUCUUAUUUCUAUUAUCAAUAAUUAAUCAAUAACACCUUCACCGGGUAUCGAACUGAGUUUCUCACCUGUUGGGCUGAAAAGCUGCGUUUAUUUUUUGCAGUGUUCCACAUUUACCAUCAAUAGUACACAAAACAAAAUGAAGAUAUUUUUUUCUGUUUUUUAUUUGACUUAUUCUGAUAUUUCCUGUGUUUCUUUGUCUUUUUUGAACGCACACACACACACACACACACAAUAACACACACACACACUGACUGUUGUUGCAUCGUUUACAGUGUUUGUAUUAUAGUGACAUUUGAAGCUUUAUUAGGUUCAGUCAAUAAAAGUGAUUUUUGUAAA